AGUAUGCUUACUUUUUAUACGUAUGCUAAACAAAUCUAGAGGAUUUUGAAACAUGGCUUUACAAUUCAAGAAAAAGAGAUCAUUUUGAUUUUUUUGGACAUCUGUUCUUAUUCCGAAAGCUGUUCUCCCUAUAACAUCCAUGUCCAUUCUUUCUGGCAAACUGCAGGACCCUACAAAUUGUGAAAAACUAAAAGAAUUAUACAGAACAGAGGUGAGGAACCUGCCUUUUAAGGCUUCAAGUACUGCCUGGUGAUAAUUAAAAUCAUGAUACUGUGCCAUUAAGAAAGGUUAUUAUGGCCUGUAUGAUGAUGAACUCGAUGAAAUACCAGAAGGAGCAUCUACGUUAGCAUUUGUCUUCGAUAUAACUGGUUCUAUGUAUGAUGAUUUGGUUCAAGUCAUCAGGGGUGCUGCUAGAAUUUUGAAUACCUUACUGGAAAGAAGAGAGAAACCUAUUUAUAAUUAUGUUCUGGUGCCUUUUCACGAUCCAGAUAUUGGUCCUGUUACAGUAACAACAGAUCCUGAUAUAUUUCAUCAACAAUUGAAAGAUCUUUAUGUUCAGGGAGGUGGAGACUGUCCAGAAAUGAGUGUUGGUGCCGUCAAGUUAGCUUUAGAAGUGUCUCUUCCAAAUUCCUACAUCUACGUGUUUACUGAUGCAAGAUCUAAAGAUUACAACCUGUUAGAAGAUGUUUUGAAAUUAAUGCAAAAGAAAGAAAGCCAGGUGGUGUUUGUAAUGACAGGAGAUUGUGGAGAUCAAACUCAUCCAGGAUUUCAAGCUUACGAACGUAUUGCAUUAUCCAGUUCGGGUCAAGUAUUCCAUCUGAAGAAAUCUGAUGUGGAUGAGGUUUUAAAUUUUGUUCAAGUCUCUCUUCAGGCGCGCAAAGUAAAUCUUUUAGCUGUGGAUCAAGACGAAGGAAAUGAGACAGAAUUUAAUUUGGAUGUUGAUUCAAAUUUAAGAGAAUUUACACUGUCCGUAGCUGGUGAUAAUCCAAGCGUGAUACUUAUUAAUCCAAAAGGAGAAAUUGUAGAUGAAUUUAACGGUUUAAAUGAUCUGUUAAAUUUAAAUAAUGUUCUAAUUGUGAAUGUAAAAGAUCCAAUCCCUGGACAAUGGCUGUUAAAAUUAAAAAGUGAUAGCCGUCAUUCUAUACGAGCAACGGGAUUAAGUGGAUUGGACUUUCAGCAUGGUUAUUCUAGAGAACCAACUACAAAUUUAGAAGAAACAUAUCAUAGACCUUUAAAAGGUGCUCCUACGUAUCUACUCCUGAAUGCAACAGAUUUAUUAGAACCGGGACGACUUACAAAAAUUCAGCUGGUUGACUUGAAAGGAAAUAUUUUAAGAGAAGCAUUAUUAGAAAAAUUACCUGGCACAUCUACUUUAUUUACUGCUACCUUUAUUCCUCCAGAUGAAUACUUUUACUUAAAGGUUUUAGGACAUGAUGAAAGAAAUUAUUCUUUUCAAAGAAUGACAGCUGUUCCUAUUAGCUCUCAGUUACCUGAUAUUCCAGAAGUAACUACAAGAUCUCAUCUUUAUGGAUAUUAUGGAAAAGAAAGUAUUCUUAGAUGUUAUGUUGAAUCAUUAGUCCCCUUUAGUGCCACAUGGCAUAAAGAUAAUAUUCAAAUCAGUCAAGAACAUCAAUUUCCCCAAACUACAGAACUGACAUUGAUUAUUCCUGAAGUAACAAGUCUUUCUGAAGGUUAUUAUACAUGUAAUGCUACAAACAUUGCUGGAAGUUCUUCAAGUUCUACAUUUUUAGAUGUGAAAGAACCUCCACCUAUUAUUUCUAAACCUGAGAAUAUGUCUGCUAUUCCUGAUAAAACUGCUAUAUUGUCUUGUGCAAUUUCAAGUACAGUACCUUAUAAUGUUACUUGGUUUAGAUUAUAUAUGGAUAGAGCUGGAUAUUUUCGACAAAAGUCUAUUAAAGAUAAUUUACGAUUUAAAGUUCAAGAAAAUUAUUCUUUGGUAAUUCAUCAUGUUGCAAAUGAUGAUGAAGGAUGGUAUAGAUGUAUCGCAACAAAUGAAGGUGGAUUUAAUAGAGAACAAUUUUAUUUUGCAGUGCAAGAACCUCCAACUGUGACCGUUAUUCCAACGGAUCCAAAAUUUACAUCUGAUGAUUCCAUAAAUAUUACAUGCUUAGUAAAAGGUUAUCCUAAACCUGAAGUACAAUGGGUAUGGGAUAAGAAAUAUGACAGGAUUAUGCAAGAAGGUCGAAUGCACUUAGACAAAACUUCUAUAAUUAUUUCAAGAACUCAUCCUGAUGAUGAAGGUCAUUAUCAAUGUAAAGCUACAAAUUCAGCAGGAACAGAUUUGAAAUCAGUUUUUCUUCAAUACAUAGAGGCUCCUGUAAUAACUUUGCCAGAGAAACAUAUUCUCAUAAGACAUGGAGAUGUUGCUACACUGAGAUGUAUCGCUGAAGGAAUUCCAUUACCUAGAGUAGCUUGGUUUCAUGGAAACAUUGAAAUUUUCCCUACAUCUUAUAUCCAUCAAGAUUCAAGUGGUUCACUCAUUAUAAAUGGAGUACAAGAAACUGAUGCAGGAAAUUAUACUUGUUUAGCUAUAAAUGAAGCUGGAGCUGCUGAAGAGAGUUUAUACUUAGAUGUUGGCUCUGCUCCUGUUAUAGUUCAUGGUCCCAUAGAUACCUCAAUAGAUAUAGGAACUAGUGGAAGUAUACCAUGUUCAGCAAGUGGUCUUCCAUAUCCUUCAAUAAUUUGGCAAAAGAAAAAUGGAGAAAAUUUGAUGGAAAAUCCAAGAUUUACCAUUCAUUCUUCUGGUAGUCUGUAUAUACAUGAAAUAACUAAAGAUGAUGAAGGCUAUUAUGUUUGCAUCAUAGAAAACCGAUUUGGACGUCAUAUGUUAGAGGCUUUUGUUUCAGUUUCUGGUAUAGUUCCUCCAGCGUUGAAAGAUGCCGACGAAUUGGCAGCUGUAAAAAAAGGUGAAACAAUUUUUCUUCCAUGUGAAGUUAACCAGGGUAAUCCUCAACCAAUUAUAUAUUGGCUUUGGAAUGGAAGAAUUAUAGAAAAUGAACCAGACAUAGAAAUAUAUGCUAAUGGUUCAUUAAAAAUUGAAAAUGCUGAUGAUCAUCACCAAUCAACUUUCACAUGUGUUGCUUCUAACAUUGGUGGCAAUGCAACAAACACAGUAAUAUUAGAUAUCCAAGAGCCUCCUACUUUUAUUGGUGAAAUGAAAGAAGACUAUGUUGCUGUUGAGGGUCAAGAUAUUUCUUUACCCUGUAGUGUUAUUGGCAAUCCUAAGCCAGAGAUUACAUGGUUUAAAAACAAUAUUCCAGUCUUCAUAGAUGAUGUACAGUUUAAACACUUACCCACAAAUGAUUUAUAUAUUUCAGAAGUUAGUGAAACAGAUGUAGGUCUAUACACUUGUGAAGCUAUCAAUAUUAUUGGUGCAACAAAUCAAUCAAUCAAUUUAAUUGUUCAUGUUCCUCCAAAAAUUAAAGCUUCUCAGACUGAAUUUACAACACUAAAAGGUGAUCUAGUUACUCUUCCUUGUGAGACACAUUCGAUACCAAAAGCAGAUAUUUUUUGGUAUUAUAAUAAAUCACAUAUUCCAAAUGAUGCUCAAAUACUAAGUAAUGGAAAUCUUCGUUUCAAAUCUGACUUAAAUCAUGCAGGAGAUUAUUUAUGUCAGGCUACAAAUAUUGCUGGAACAUCAAGUAAACUGUUUACAAUAAUUGUUUGGAUACCACCAAGUAUAAAUUCUAAAGAUUCAGAAAACAUAACAGUUGUUGAAGCUGACCCAUUGAUCAUUAAUUGUCCUGUUAACGGUUAUCCUCUACCUUCAAUAUAUUGGGAAAAAGAUGGAUUACCUCUAGUUGAAAAUUACAAUAUUGAUAUAAAAGAGGAAACAUUAACUGUAAUUUCAAUGAAUAUAAAUGAUGGUGGCAGAUACAGUUGCAUUGCCAAAAAUAAUGCUGGAACUGUUACAAAAGAUUUUUCUGUGUUUGUACAUGUUCCUCCUAUUAUAAAUUUUAAAAGUGCAAACUUGGUGACUGCAGUAGAAGCAUCAGAUGUUGUUUUGGACUGUAAAGCAUCAGGAAUUCCUCAACCAGUAAUAACUUGGAUAAGAAAUGAAGAAAAUGCUUCUGAUAGUAAUUUUCAACCAGUUGUAGCAGAAAAUAAUUCUCUUUUGCUUUUUGAUGUAUCUACUGAAGAUUCAGGAGUAUACAUAUGUUUUGCUACAAAUUCUGCUGGGAAUGACAGUGUUACUAUUAAACUUAAUGUCUAUGUUCCUCCUAAAAUAGAUAAAACCCAGGUUUCAGAUAAUAUUCAAGUGAUUGAGGGAGAAUCUGUAACUUUACUUUGUCCAGUAUCUGGCACACCACUUCCUCUCAUUACAUGGUAUAGGAAGAACAGCACAUUGAAUAUUCCUAAUUCUAGAAUUUCAAUUUUAAAAAAUGGACAAAUUUUGACAAUCAAUAAAAUUAGAGAAGAUGAAGCUGAUAUGUAUACGUGUCAAGCAAUAAAUGAAGCCGGAAUUGAAGAAAUGAAUAUUUCCGUACAAGUUUUAGUUCCACCAAAAUUUGUUAUUCAAAAUCAUAUUUCCGUCUUAUAUGUCAUACAAGGAGAUACCUUGACAGUAAAUUGUUCUGUAAUAGGAAACCCGAAACCCAAGAUUAUCUGGAGAAAAGAUGGUUAUCCAAUGAAUGCUGUUAAUAUAAAUAAUAUACAAGUUAAUACUGAGCAAAUUAUCAUCAAAGAAAGUCAAAUAUCAAAUUCUGGUCGUUACAGUUGCAUGGCAGAAAAUGUAGCCGGACAUAUCAGUAGAGAGUACCAAGUGAGUGUAGUAGUUCCGCCGUGGUUGGAAGAAAAUGCUUUUGAAAAAUUAGAAGUAAUAAUGUCACAUUCUGCAAUUCUAAACUGUCCAGUUGGCGGAAUACCACCUCCAGUUAUUACAUGGAUGAAAGACAAUGCAAUUUUAAGAAGAAAUGGCAUCAGGGCAAUAAAUGGUGGAAGAACGCUUACAUUAAGUCAUACCGAAUUAAACGAUGGUGGUACUUACACUUGUAUUGCUGAAAAUACAGCUGGAGAAGUGAAAAAGGAAAUAAACUUAAUAGUUUUAGUACCACCUUACAUAAAAAGUCAGCAGAUAACACCUAUUAUUAAAACUAUGAAAAGUGAUACCAUUAAUUUGGAAUGUGAGGUUGCAGGAAUACCAUUCCCAGAAGUGAGAUGGAUGAAAGAUGAUUUGUCUAUUAAUUUAAUUUAUCGAUAUCCUGAAUAUGAAAUGAAAGGUACAAAUUUAAUUAUUGCAAAUUUAACGGAAAGUGAUGGGGGUAGAUAUACAUGUACAGCCAUAAAUAAAGCAGGAUCAUCGUCUAGAGAUUAUAGCGUUAAUGUUAUGAUUCCUCCUAAAUUGAUGGAAGAAAAAGAACAACAAAAGUAUGAAUUUACAUCAGGAACCUCUAUUCAAUUGUUGUGUCCAAUAUAUGGACAACCAUUUCCAACAAUUACUUGGGUAAAGGAUGGAAGUUCAGUUGAACAAACUUCAGAUAUUACUCUUUUAGAGAAAGGAAGAAUUCUUCAUAUUUAUCACAGUUCUGAUAAAAACAAAGGACAUUAUACAUGUAUUGCUGAAAAUGAAGCUGGGAAGACAGAAAAACAUUAUGAUGUUGAUAUUGUAGUACCUCCUCAUAUUGGAGAAGUUGUUGACAGACAUAAUGUAAAUGAAGGACACGAAUUCUAUCUAUAUUGUCCAGUGAGAGGUUCUCCAAUGCCAGAUAUUGUUUGGCUUCACAAUGGUCACAUGAUUAUUUCUGAAAAUAAUUCUGAUAUUAGAAUAACUGAGAAUGGGACUUUAUUUUAUAUAGAAAAAGUUGAGGCAAAACAUGGGGGUCAGUAUACAUGUAUUGCUACAAAUUUGGCCGGAACUGCAGAUCAAAAUUUUUUUCUGGAUGUUUCAGUUCCUCCAAGUAUAAUGCAAGCAGAAAAUCUAACAGAUGAAGUUUCAGCUAUUAUGAAUCAUCCAGUAAUUAUAAAAUGUCCUGCAAGUGGAAUUCCUCUACCUUCCAUUCAAUGGCUUAAAAAUGGAAGACCUAUAGAACAAUUUUCUGAUACCAACAUUAUGCUUUCAUCAAAUAAGAGACAGUUAACUAUAAAACAUGCUCGUAAAAGUGAUGCAUCUGUAUAUAAAUGCAUAGCCAUAAACAGAGCUGGAAAAACAGAGAAAGAAAUUCAUCUUCAAGUAUUAGCUCCACCACGUUUGUUAUAUCGUAAUAACAGAGGCGAUCAAGCACCAUAUGAAGAAGAAGAAUCUGUGCAGGUGUUAAUAAAUGAAACAGUGUCGUUAGAAUGUGAAGUAGAUGCUGUACCGGAACCGACAAUAUUCUGGUUUAAAGAUGGAAUUUUGUUAACAACUAAUGAAGAAUACGAAAUGACUAAUAGAAAUCAGAUCCUUCAUAUUGAUUCAGUAGAACAAGAACAUAAGGGACAUUAUACUUGCGUUAUAUCAAAUGCUGUUGGCACAGUAGAAAAAGAUUUUAUAAUUGAUAUUUUAGUGCCACCAAAAAUUGCAGGCCCAGAAAAGGUACUUUUAGAAGCACCAAUUCAUCGUCCGCUUACUGUAACAUGUGAAACAUUUGGAAAUCCUCAGCCAUCCAUAAUGUGGUAUAAGAAUGACUAUCCAAUUGACACGUCUAAUACUAGAGUAGCAUUUUCUCUUAAUAAUAAAGAACUGCAUUUUACACAUAUACUUACUGAGGAUGGAGGCGACUUAAUAUGUUUUGCUGAAAAUGAAGUAGGAAAAGCAAAAAAGCAUUUUGAAUUAGAUGUAUUAGAACCUCCAUCAAUUAUGCCUUCUAAAUCUCAAGUGGAUACAAUUGAAGGAGAAGCUAGUAGCUUAGAUUGUCAAGUUAUUGGAAAUCCUCAACCGACUGUACUAUGGUUAAAAGAUGAAAAAUUUUUAACAGUAAAUAGUUCAUUAAUUCAGGAUGAUAUUGAAAUUUACAAUGAUGGACAAAUAUUGUUAAUUGCUAAUACCACUGCUGAUCACCAUGGAAAAUAUAUGUGUAUUGCAUCAAAUUCUGUUGGAUCCUCAGAAAAAGAUUUUAUGUUAAAUGUUCUAGUUCCUCCCAAACUUAUCAACGAUACCGAUUCAAAAAUCGUAACAAUUGGUCAACCGGUAACUUUUAAUUGUCCCAUAACUUCCAAUCCCGAAUCUCAUAUAACAUGGAUGAAGCACGGAAGACCAAUUGAUUUUUCGAAUCCUUUCAUCUAUGUUAUGAAUAAUGGAGAGACUUUGAAACUGUUGAGAAGCCGAGAAGUAGACAAUGGAUAUUUCUCGUGCAUAGCGAGAAAUUAUGUGGGAGAAGUGAAAGGAACAUUUCCUCUUAGAGUUUUAACACCAUCGUCAAUAGAUAAAUCGAAUAUCAUUACAUCAAAGAAUGCAAUAGUUAAUGGAAUUAUCACUUUAGAGUGCCCUGCAAUUGGAACUCCUUUACCUUCGAUAGAAUGGUUAUUUGAAGAUCAGUUAAUUUCAUUUGAUGAUAAUUCUCGAUAUGAAAGAUUAUCAGAUGGGAAAAUAUUAAGAAUAUCACCUGUAGAACCAAGCGAUGCAGGAAAUUUUAAGUGUGUUGCGGCAAAUCCUGUUGGAAAAGAUGAAAUGGAAUAUGAUUUAGAAGUAUUUAGUAAGAAUUUUUAUUUUCAUAAUUGAUUAAAUUUUUACAUUAUAAUACUUUUAAAAUAUUCCUAAAUACCAGAUGAAGUUUACUUGAAGGAGUAGACUUAAAACAUUCUGAACCAGCUGUGUUUGUUUCUGUUCUGUUGUGCAUAACAUUUAUUUACAAAGGACUCAAAGGAUAACAUUUAAAACUCGUUACUGGUGACACCAAGUCUAUUUCUCUCAAGUAAAUUUUCAUUUGAUUGCUCUGUACUGCUUUUUCAAAUUCAUUAAAUGUUGAAUUAGAAUAAUGAUAUCAUAUCAUUACAGCAAAGUUCUAAUAUUUAAAUCUAAAUUUCUAGCAAAUAUAAAUAUCUAAAUUUAUGCUAGCAUCUCAAGCCUUGAUUAGAGUAAGGCUCUUUUAGAACCUUCUCUAAAGAUAGUAGAAAUCUUGGAUUGUCUAGACCAGGUUUGUCCAACCUUUUUUCUUAAUGGGCCAAAUUAGAAAUUUAUGUAUAUUCAGCAGGCCACAAAGGUACUUUACAUAAA